AUGACUAAUAUGCAGCAUUAUAUGGAGGAUAUCACAGAUAUUCUUGGUGGACUUGAUACCGAAAUGGAGAAGAGGUACAAAAGAAUUGGCAAAUGGGAUGCGCAAAUCGCAGAAUGGCAGAAGGAGGCUAAGAAGGCGGAAGAAAUUGUGUUCAAUCCGAACAAAUCGAUUGAGAAACGAUCUGAAAAAGCAAUUCAACUAGCUGAUCUCACUAAUCGCAUUCGCCAUUUGUCCGAGAAAAAGGUCUCGUUUUGCGAGCGAAACUCGAAGACGAUUGACGCGAUUUAUAAGAAAAUCACAGAGUUGGCUUAUCAUUGUAAAUGCGAGGUUGAGAUUGACAAUCCGGGAUCGACGGAAAUCAGAGAACGACUGUUUAUUCAAGCGAUGACGUCGUCGAAUCUUGAAGCGGAUGGGCCGUCGCAGUUUUCGGCGCCGAUUGGAAGAGCAACUAGAGAGAUGUCAAUACUUACUGAUGACGAUGGUAUCUCGACGAGAAGUGUGACUCCGGUGCCGAAAGAGAGAAAACGCGGCGUCGGUCGACCAAGGAAUGUUCUAAAAGAGAACUCGCAGAAUAAGGGCUCGACGAUGUCCAGCACACGAUCGAGCGUUGAUCGCGAGGUUCCGCCUAAUCGAAGGUCAGAGAAGCUAUCGUCGUACAUGCGCAAAAAGCAGGAGAAGCAGCGUGUCGAGGAAGAGCGCAAACGAGAGCUCGUUUUCGAUCAGGCUCAUGUGAAGCGCGAGGUUAUCGAUACGACAGACAAUUAUGGCGGAUUCGGCGGUCCGUCGGAUGGUCCGAACGACGAUGACACACCGAACAUGCUCGAGCUUCUUGAGGCCUUCCCACCUGGAAUUUUGUCGGAUUUGCCAUUGCCGCCGCAGGAUAUUUUGGACGGAUUGGAGAUUGAUGGUCCCAACAUGUUGUCGAUGGGCGAUGAUGUGUCGAACAAUGAGAAGAAGUUCUUCGAGGAUCCGUCGACGAAGCCACACAAACGCGAGCACGCGGCGCACUCAAUGUCGAGCGGUGAACCGGCGGAGAAGCGCAGACGAAACACAUUGUUCGGCUCGAAAGCCGACACGAGUUUCAGUGGGCGGCCGAGAAAACUGACCGAUCGCGUUUGUGAAAUGGUGCAAAUGUAUCGAGAACGAGAAGAGCGACGCAAAACGAAAGAUGAUAGCGAGGAUUGGUGUAUUUGUGAUGGUAAUGUCAACUCUGAAAUGAUGGUCGCCUGUGAUAACGCGCAUUGUAAAAUCGGAUGGUAUCAUUUCGAGUGUGUGGGUCUCACCGCGAAUCCGAAAGAUGAUUGGUUCUGUCCGUCGUGCUCGCGCAUUCCGCCGCACAUGCGUUUAGUUCAACCGCGUGAUGAUUAA